AUGCCCGUGGAUUCACCUGAGCCUUGCAAACCGGAAGCAUGCGCUAUUCAGAACUGCCUAGAAGCAAACGGUUAUAAUGAAUCGAAGUGCAGUAAGCUUAUUGAUAGCUUAUAUCUUUGCUGUAAGCAAUAUUACGAAGAAAAUGGCGACGAACAGACGACAUGCUGUCCUAAGCUCAACUUACUUAAAUUGAAGUUAAAACAGAGGGAAUUGGGCCGCAUAGAUGCAGAGUUGGUAGAACACCGUAGGGGUUGA